AUGAGAAGUGUGGAUGACUUCUUCGCUUCACUGCCCGCCGAGGAGUUCGAAGAUUAUGAAGCCGAGCUCCGAGAGGUCUUGAUCAAUGCGGCUGCAAAGGCGAAAGACCUCGACUUGAUAGGAGGGAAAUUCCCGUUGCAGCAAUGGAUCGAUCGACGCUUGGGAGGCGAGCUCCACAGCACAGUUGACGACCAAAGCCGGUGUGAGAUUGCCCUGAUCGGCGCAGCUGGAGACCCAAACUCCGAAAGUGACGAGGCGGCUGCUUUUUUCCAGGGCCUGAGCGACGAAAGCUUCUCAACGGAGGAGGAAAAUUUGCGUGACUCCAUCUUCGACUUCUUGGCCGGCUGGCAAAAGGGCAUGCAGAAAGCCAAGCUCUCCGAGCUGAGCGCAGAUGCUCGGGUGCAGACUUGCGUUCGGGCCUUGCUGCCUGCAUCAGUUUCUCUGGCAGACUGGAUGGAACGCCGGAUCGGUGGAGAGAUUGAGAUUCACCAGGAUGAAAGCGGGAAUGAUGUCAUUCACGUUACCCCAGAGGCGGUGAAGAUAGUUGCAGAGAAGAUGAAAUCCCGAGGCGCUGCACCGGGCAAUUCGGCUCAGCAGUUUCCAUUUCCGCCACCGCCGCCGGCGGGGCACACAGUGCCGCCGAAGGGAACUGGCUUUACGGCGAAGGGUGCAAAGGGAGGAGGGAAGCCACCACCACCACCUCUGAGCAAAGAGGCAUUUCUGCAAAGCCUACCUGCCGACGAGCUGACAGGCGACGAGGUCGCAUUGCGCGAAGCUCUUCUAUACUGGAUUGAGACGUGGAGGCCCGGCAGCGGCAAAGGGAAAGGCGGCAGUGCUGCACCUUUGGUCAGCGAUGUCGCCGUGAACCCCCAAAUCCUAAAGCUGCGGCAGAAGCUCCUGCCCACCACCGUCACUCUUCAGGAGUGGGUGGAAGCCAGGAUAGGCGGCGAGAUCGAGAUACGAAGCAAUCAGAAGGGGCAUCUCGAAAUGUUGCUGCGGAGUCCGGCAGAAGGUGCAGAGCCUGAACCAGCGCAGGACGCCAGCGCAAUCUUGGAUGAGCUGCCGCAAGAUGCGCUGACCGAGGAGGAGCUCGAGCUCAGGGAGAAAGUGCUGGAAUUGGUGUCGUCAAGUCCAAUGCCUUUGCGGCACGUGAGUCACACCCCGAAGGUGCUGACGCUCAAGCGGAAGUUUCUUCCGGAUGAGGUGCCACUGCGUGAUUGGAUAGACCGCCGAAUCGGUGCUGAGGUUGAGGUAACGGAGGACGAGCAGGUGCGAUCCCGCAAUGCUGCUGAGGAGGAGGAGCCUCCUCCUGAGGAGUCACCUCCACGCACGCCUCAUCCAGGCUUUCGAAGCCCAGACUCAGGCAACAUGGCAAAAGGCAAAGGCAAAGGCAAGCCUGGCAAGGCUAAAGCCCAGAAUGGCGACAUCCCGCAAGACCACCAGCGGACGACGGAAAGCUUCUUCCAGAGUCUCCCAGUGGAGUACCUCACAGACGGCGAGGAGGAACUUCGUGAUGCCAUUCUGACCUUCAUCACUGAACACUGGACCGGCGAG